GCUCUAAGCUCUAAGCCUUAAAAUAUGUCAUAGUUUUCGAUCAAAAAUGUUUUCCGCGCUGCCCGAAGCUCUAAUCUCUAAGUUUUAAAUCUGGCUCUUAAAGCUCUUAAAGCUUACGACUUAAAACUAUCAAUUGAUAUAAUUCUAAAGAUUUACUCCUAUUUUACACCUAUUGUAGAUUCGACCUUACGUUCAUGCGUCAACGUCAGCUGAUCAGCUGUUAUCGGCUAUCAACUAAUAUCAGUAUUCUGCUAACUGUUUUAUAUGUAUCUUGCGUCUUUUUCAAAGUGUAACUUUCAACCAAAAUUACAAAAAUGUGUCAAGUGUCAAAGAGAUAUUUUAAUUUCCAUGAAAAAGUCCACGAGCAUAUAUGACUGCUGAAUGAAACGCUUAUACAAGAGAUAAUCUCAAACUGAUAUAAUGAUUAAAAUAAGAAAGGACAGUUCUCGUCAUAUAUAUUUUAUGCGCAGAUAAAACCAAGCGUAUAACGGUUGAUGCAGUUGGAAAGUUCGGAUGUUAAGUGGACGUAUACUUAACGGUAACUGAUAUCUUAACGAAAAAAUGUUACUCGGUGUGAUUGUGAUUAGCAUACUUGUUGUGCUCGGCGUCGUUUAUUUUGUACCUCGAAAAAUAUGGUAUGUAAUCGGUAUGACUUUGAUCUAUCAAAUAAAAUACCACUACAUCGGAUUCAUAUCUCAGCUUGACGAUAUAAUAAAUGCCAGACACAAUAAAACAGAUCUACCUUUAGUACCGAAUAAAAUUGCAAUAGUAACUGGUGGUUCUAAAGGUAUAGGAGCGGAAGUAGUCAAGAAAUUGUUACAGUGUGAUAUGGAAGUGAUUAUCGCUUGUAGGACAACUACUGCGGGUGAAAAACUUAUCCUCGAAAUUAGAAAAUCUGGCAUUACUAGCGGGCGAGCAAAAGUUUAUAAGCUUGAUAAUUGCUCUCUUGAAUCGGUAAGAGAAUUCGCGAAGAAAAUAAAAGCGGACUAUGACAAAAUUCACAUAUUAAUCAACAAUGCUGGCGUUAUGUUCAUCCCAUAUAGAGAAACGGAAGAUGGUUUCGAAGAGCAAUGGGCGGUAAAUUACUUAUCACAUUUUUUACUAGUGUCUCUUCUUCUUCCAUUAUUGAAAGCCGGCGGACAUCCUGGCGAUUGCAGUAGAAUUAUUAACGUCACUUCAUGCGCUCAUUACAUUGCUGACAUAGAUUUUGCCUCCAUCAGUAACAGCUCAAAGAACACAUUCUUCACACAGGCAGCAUAUGGACAAAGUAAAUUAGCGCAAACGAUAUUUACGAUAACAUUGCAGAAAUUAUUAACAGAUAAAACAUUAAAUGUGCUAGUAUAUUCCGUGCAUCCAGGUUUAGUAAAAACAGACUUGUUCAAGGAUACACUAUUAGGCAGAAACAAGUGGCUUAUGAUAGCAUGGAAGACACCUGAUCAAGGAGCUAUUUCAAUAAUAUAUGCAGCAUUGAAUAAAGAUAUUGAAAGAAAAGGCGGGAUAUAUAUUAGUAAUUGCAAAGAAGCUGCUCCUCCUCCAUUAGCACUAGAAGAGCAAAUCCAAAAACAAUUGUUUGAAUUAUCUUUAAGACAAAUACGGUUGAACAAUUUUUUCCAACAUUUGUAAUAAAAAAAUAUUACUUAUUCGAUAUUAUUUAUUCACGAUGUCGGUAAAUAAUUCACUCGUAAUAGUUGAAAUUAUAAUGCAUAUAUGCGUGUAUUAUAUAUAUAUAUAUGCAAACAAAAUUUGUAUUGUGAUAAAAAAAAUUAGCAUAUUUUUUACAUUUAAAAGAAUCAUGCAUUAUGCUCAUUUAUUUCAAUUCUAAUGGCGAGGGAAAUGUAACUUUGACUACAUGCGUCAUUGAAUACUUUAGCUAGUAGUUUUUGCAUUAUCGAAAUCGACAGAGAUAAUAAUAAAACAUUAAAUGUAUUUAAAACAUGACCUUGCUAUAUCUUUUUCUCUCUAACUUAUUUCACUAGAAAUAUAAUAGAUGUAUACGUGAUACAUAAAACGAGCAUUUCAUGUGCAAUGUUUCAAUAUAUUAAACAUGCAAGUCCAGGCCCCUGUUCUUUAUGUUACAAGGCAAAAAAUAGUGUUCAUAAUAUCGUUGUUUGAAGAAUGCAUUUUACAAGAAAUCAUUUACAUAUUAAAUCUAUACAUAAUUUUUCUCAAUGAUGUGUCAUAAAUUUGACAUAAUAAUAAUAUCAUUGCACAUUUUUUCCAUAACUUACAAAAAAAAGUUUAUAUAUAUAUAUAUAUUUCGAUCAAUAUGGUUUUUUAUUACAAACUGUGUGAUUUGCAUUAUUAAUAACUUAUAUAAUUAUAACAAAAAGUAUUAUUAUAUAUAACAUAAAAUCUUUGGAAUAUAACUCUAUGUGAAAAACAGUUUAUAAAUUUAUAUAAAUUUAUCUAAAUU